AUGCCUGAAUCCUCCUUCUCUAUCCGCAGUCGUCGCAGCGACGAGCUCAUGCGACUGGCGGACCAGCACAUGCAACAUGAUCUGCGACCCGAAGAUCGCGACGUGCUCAAAAACGCCGCCUCCAGAGUAUCUCUCUGGACCACCGUGGGCUCGGCAGUUGGCAUAGGCCUCGGUCUCUAUGUCGCGUUCCGACUACGAAGCACGCGCAAGGCUUUCUUCGAGGCAUUCCGCGCAGCGGAGAAACCCACGCAGGUGGUGUUUUCCGAUGGUCGAACCGAAACAAUCCCUGAUAUUACCCCAUUAUUGAAGCCGACAACAUGGGGAGACUUUGCGACGUAUUUCUUUGCUUCCGCGGGUGGACUGUUCUUGGGUGGGGAGCUGGGCUUCUUUUCCGGAGCGGCCAGUGGAAGUCGCAGCAUUACAAAGGACCCUGAGCAAAGAAAACGCAUCGAGACCGCAUUCCGGAAGUUCAGAGCAGACGUGCUGCGCAAGGAAGCGGACGCAUUGGACCGCGAUCAGAAUGUCUUUGACAAAAUGUUCUAG